AUGGUUCAAUUUCAAUUCCCAGGAGAGCCAGUUCUGGAGUGGAAGGACGAGCUUCCUGGUCUUCUACCCGAGCGAGAGAUUGAUUUUGCCAUCGACGUGUUAUUUGAUACUAAGCCAAUAUCUAUUCCUCCUUAUAGAAUGACACCUGCUAAAUUGAGGGAUUGGAAGGAGCAACUGAAGGAUUUUCUUGAGAAAGGCUUUAUCAGGCCUAGUUCGUCGCCAUCGGGAGCACCUAUGUUGUUUAUGAGCAUGAAUCAGAAUCGGCAAAACCAACGUAUAGGUAACCAGGGGAAUCGAUUGAAUAAUCAGGCGAAUGAAUCAGAUGAAGAAAAUGUCUUCACUGAUUUUAUUCCGGAGGAGGACUAUGCAUUUGCUAUUAUUCAUCCUCGAUGUGGAGCUACGAACAUAAAAAUUGACUCCUCUCUAUACCAGUUGUUGAAGCUUGAGGGCUACUUUCGGAACUCUACCGAGAAUGACCCUCAACCUGGAGAUGCAAGAGCAUGGUUCGAGAAGCUGCCCCAGAAUUCUAUUACUACAUGGGCAGAAAUGGUAGCAAUCAUUCUCAAGAAAUGGUAUCCUCCUAGCAAGAAGGCUGAGAUUCGUGACAAGAUCUAUGAAUUUAAGCAGGGACUGGGGGAACAGUUAUAUGAAGCUUGGGAGAGAUUCAAAGAGUAUUUGAAAAAGAUUUCGAAUCAUGAUUUUCCGGAGAACAUAUUAAUGAAGAAGUUCUACCGAGGGCUGGAUCCAGUGACGCAAUCAGUUGCUAACAAUGCAGCUAAUGGUUGUUUCAUGAAUAAAUCUUACCGACGAGUGACCAACAUGCUUGACAGGCUGACUACUCACAAUCAGGCUUGGCACUCAAAGAAUGCUGAUUUUGUGCCUUAUGGUAGUCCUAUGAUCCAGCAUAUGGUAAAGGAUAAUCUAGACACCCAGCAAACAUUGGCUGAGCUUGCAAUAAAUAUUUCAUUGCUAACAAAGAAAUUUGAUGAGACCCAGAUUAAGAAGGUGAAUAUUUGUGAGGAUGAUGCAGAGGGUUAUCAAAGACAGAACUACCAAGGUGGUUACCAGAAUCAGAACCAAUCGAGACCUCAGCAAGGCCACGGUGCUUAUAACAACUCAAGGAACUACAACAAUAAUUACGGUGGUGCGAACCAAGGGAGCUACAACAACGGUAACAAUUUUGGGAACAAGAGUCCCAAUCCUUAUAUACCACUGAAAGGGCAGUCAACAUAG